AUUUGAUCAUAUCACCGGAAACCCAUUCAAAUACACGGUAUUUUCAGUUAACUAUUCUAAUAGGAGUAAGAUAUGUCUCAAUUUCAAGGAAAAUGGAAAGUUGUUUCAGAAGAGAACUUAGAUGAAUUAUUUCUGGCUUUUGGUGUUGAUAGUGAGAUGAGAUCAAAGACUAAGGAAGGACUUAUCAAACCAACACAAGAGAUAACGGUGAAUGAUGACGAGUACAGAGUCAAAACGAUAGUAGGACAUUUAAGUACAGAGGUCACUUUCAAGUUAGGAGUAGAAUUCCCAAGUUCAUCCAUGGACGGCAAAAAGAUUAUGGUUCGCUACAAUUUAGAUGGUAACAAACUAAUAGAAGUACAGAAGUAUGACAACCAGGAAGCCACAGUAACUCGAGAAGUGAUAGGAAAUCAAUUAGUAACGAUAAUAUCUGGAAAUGGAAAGACGGCAAAGAUUAUCUAUUCAAAGAUUUAGACUCUUCCAUUCAAAGAUUUAAGAACUACUCUAAUCAUGUGUCUCGCUUAGCUGUGUUUUUCAUGAAUUUAAUUUAUAAGAUAAAACCUUUUGUUAUUUUGAUUAUUGUAAGAUGCAGAUGGUUUUGAAUCUUUUGUUUUGGC